UUUGAUCUACGAAGAGACGCGUGGAGUUCUGAAGGUAUUCCUGGAAAACGUGAUCCGCGACGCAGUCACAUACACCGAGCACGCCAAGAGGAAGACCGUCACCGCCAUGGACGUCGUGUACGCUCUCAAACGACAAGGCCGUACCCUGUAUGGUUUCGGAGGUUAAACACUGACAGUACUUACUUUUGAAGUUUAAAAACAUCUUAAAAAGGCCCUUUUCAGGGCCACCAUAUUAUGAUACAUAUAUCGUUUAUAUUAUGACUUAAAGCAAAGAAACUAACAAGCGAAUAAACAGAACAGACGUUCUUAGAGUUAAUUCGGUGACGACAAUUCACAAUUUCCUUAAGAAAACACGCAGAAUAACGUUUCGAAUAUAAAAUUUUUUAAAAUUAUCUAUGUAGGUAUUGUUCUUUUAAAGUUUUUCCAUGAUUAAAAUUGAAAAACUGUGAGUCAAAACAUAGAAAUAAUAUUCUAAAAUAACAUUGUAUUACGUUGAUAACAUGAUCUUGUUGUGAAAAUCUAUAUUUAAUAA